AUGGAGGAGGAGGAAGGUCCCGACAGGGGCGAGAUCAAUGGCGGACUGGCGUCCAUGGACUCCAUCGAGUCGCGGUGGGUCUUUCAGGACGAGGACGACUCCGAGGAUGCGGAUACGGAGGAAGAUGCGAUGCAUCGGACGGUUCUCGAUUCGGAGGAUGAUGAAGAGGAGGACGAUAAUGCCGAGCAGCGCUUGAUUCGCACUGGCCCUCGCGUCGAUUCCUUUGACGUCGAAGCGCUCGAGGUCCCCGGCGCUCACAGAACCGAAUACGAGGAUUUCAGUCUUGGAAGGAAAAUAAUAAUUGCUUUUCAGACCCUUGGGGUUGUCUUUGGUGAUGUUGGAACAAGUCCAUUAUAUACGUUCAGUGUCAUGUUUAGCAAAGCACCUAUUAAUGGAAAUGAGGAUGUUAUUGGAGCAAUGUCGCUGGUCCUAUACACGUUAAUCUUGAUCCCGUUGCUUAAGUAUGUGCUGGUGGUUCUUUGGGCUAAUGAUGAUGGUGAAGGUGGUACAUUUGCUUUGUAUUCAUUGAUCUGUCGACAUGCUAAGGUCAGUCUUCUUCCCAAUCAGCUUCCGUCAGAUGCCCGGAUAUCGAGCUUCAGGCUAAAGGUGCCAUCUCCUGAACUUGAAAGAUCUUUAAAAAUCAAGGAAAGGCUUGAGGCUUCACUGACUCUGAAAAAGCUUCUUCUGAUGUUAGUGCUUGCUGGUACUGCUAUGGUGAUAGCUGAUGGGGUUGUUACACCAGCAAUGUCAGUAGUAUCAGCUGUUGGUGGUCUAAAGGUUGGAGUAGAGGCAAUUGAGCAAGAUGAAGUGGUGAUGAUUUCGGUUACCUUUCUUGUUAUUUUAUUCAGUGUACAGAAAUUUGGGACAAGUAAAGUUGGACUGGCUGUAGGCCCUGCCUUAUUCAUAUGGUUUUGUUCCCUUGGUGGGAUUGGGAUUUACAACCUUGUUAAAUAUGACAGCAGUGUCUUAAAGGCAUUCAAUCCUGUUCACAUCUAUUAUUUCUUCGAGAGAAACUCAACUAAGGCUUGGUAUUCUCUUGGGGGUUGUCUUUUAUGCGCAACAGGUUCUGAGGCAAUGUUUGCGGAUCUUUGCUAUUUUUCUGUACGAUCAGUCCAGCUUACAUUCGUUUUUCUUGUUUUGCCCUGCCUUAUGUUGGGUUAUUUGGGUCAAGCCGCCUACCUUAUGGAGAACCAAGAUGGGGCUGAGCUAGCUUUCUUUUCUUCAAUCCCAAGUGGUGUUUUCUGGCCUGUGUUGCUCAUUGCUAAUGUUGCAGCAUUGAUUGCUAGUCGUGCAAUGACAACGGCCACUUUUUCAUGCAUAAAACAAUCAAUGGCACUUGGUUGUUUCCCUCGCCUUAAAAUCAUACAUACCUCCCGGAAGUUCAUGGGGCAAAUUUAUAUCCCUGUCGUAAAUUGGUUUCUGCUGGUUGUUUCCCUAGUGGCUAUCUGCACUAUUUCAAACAUUGAUGAGAUUGGAAAUGCAUAUGGCAUUGCUGAGCUAGGAGUGAUGAUGAUGACGACCAUUUUAGUAACAAUCGUUAUGCUUCUUAUAUGGCAGAUAAACAUAAUCAUCGUGCUGAGUUUCUUAAUCAUUUUCCUGGGGUUGGAGUUGACCUUUUUCUCAUCGGUUUUGUGUAGUGUGGGAGAUGGAAGUUGGAUUAUUUUGGUCUUUGCCAUAAUUAUGUUUGUUAUAAUGUCUAUCUGGAACUAUGGAAGCAAGCUUAAGUAUGAAACCGAAGUCAAGCAAAAACUUUCAAUGGAUCUGAUGCGAGAAUUGGGUUGCAAUCUUGGGACAAUCAGAGCUCCAGGCAUUGGUUUGCUUUACAAUGAGCUGGUGAAGGGAAUACCAGCAAUCUUUGGCCAUUUUCUGACCACACUUCCUGCAAUCCAUUCGAUGAUCAUAUUUGUUUGUAUAAAGUAUGUUCCAGUUCCUGUAGUGCCUCAAAGUGAAAGGUUCCUUUUCCGGCGUGUCUGUCCGAAAAACUACCACAUAUUUCGUUGUAUUGCCAGGUAUGGCUAUAAGGAUGUUCGUAAAGAAAAUCACCAAACAUUUGAACAGCUACUAAUUGAGAGCCUUGAGAAAUUCAUACGUAGGGAAGCUCAGGAGCGGUCACUGGAGAGCGAUGGGGAUGAUGGUGAUACAGACUCAGAAGAUGAGACCUCUGUCUCGAGGGUUCUUAUAGCCCCCAACGGAAGUGUUUACUCACUUGGUGUUCCUCUUCUGGCUGAGUACAAGGAGACGAGCCGGCAGCCUGUAUCAGAAGCAAGCACAUCAGAGGUGAAGCCAGUGCUUCCAGAAGAUCCAACAGUUUUUGACUCUGAGCAGAGUAUGGAUAGGGAACUAUCGUUUAUACGAAAGGCCAAAGAAUCGGGGGUUGUUUAUCUUCUUGGUCACGGGGAUAUUAGGGCCAGGAAAGAUUCAUGGUUUAUCAAGAAGUUAAUCAUCAAUUACUUUUAUGCUUUCUUGAGGAAGAACUGCAGGAGGGGCACUGCGAAUUUGAGUGUGCCCCAUUCGCAUCUAAUGCAGGUUGGGAUGACAUAUAUGGUAUGAAGCCGAUUUUGCUACCAAAAUAAGGCCAAUUUUAACCUUUACACCGGAGUCGUGACAGGCAGCUGGUGUUAUGAGUGGUUCUUCAUGCGGCUCAGGACUUGUUCGUUGCUGCAGUUUGUGACCACGAGCUUCUGGAAUUCGAUUGCUGGCCAUUUUGGUGCACCGCUGGUUUGAGGAUGUCGCAUGGCCGAAGUUUUGUUACUUAUUUGCGGUUAUGCAUCUGGAAAGUGUGCCGUAAUUCCGAUGUCAAAGUUAUGUGAAUGUGAUAUAUAACGACAUCCUUCCACUUCAAAUUGAUUGCCAUUCAUUCAUAUCACUUUGUAUAGACAUUAAUUUAUAGGAAACUGAAUCAAUUAAUUACCUGCUUUCUUUUUUGAUACUCUCUCUUGUUUUUUUUUUUUUUUUGGCCAAACAAUAGAUUUGUUAGAUUAGAUGUCAGAUUAGGGAGUGGACAGAGUUCGAACUUACACUGUGGUGCAAAGGCACCACUUCUCUUCACUACUGUGGUAGAAGAUCACUUGCAUAUUCUCUCGUUGUUUUUACUAUAACCUAUGUUUUUCCUCA